UGACGCUGCAGUGGUGGUGCGCUACUCAUGCUGACAGCAGCGAUUCUUUUUGUUGCAGUUAUCAUUAUUAUUUUCUCGUGAUUCUUCUCCUCCGUCAUUCUUUAAAGAGCUGCCGUUAUAAAGGCCUGACAGGGGAGAAAUCCACCUGUGACAUCAAGAACAAGAGAGGUGUGCUGGAGCAGCUGGACUUUCCUCUCUGCUUCCUACUGGCUCGUGACACACCGCAGGGAUGGGCGUCGACUACCUCAGCUUUGGCUACGCUGCGGCGGUGACCGUGGGCGGGAUAGUUGGAUAUGUCAAGGCUGGCAGCAUACCAUCCCUUGGGGCUGGCUUAUUGUUUGGCUCUCUGCUUGGCUUUGGUGCCUACCAGCUGAGUGAGAACCCAAACAACUACUACCUGACCCUUGGCACCAGCACAGUACUUGGGGGCAUCAUGGGCAUGCGCUUCCUGAACUCUGGAAAAUUUAUGCCAGCAGGCUUGAUUGCUGGAUUGAGCUUGGCCAUGAUAGGGAGACUGGGGGCAAGGGCUGCAGGACUCACAGGCACCAAGAUGCAAUAGUUUUAUGUACCUAUCCAAAAGUAUACAUGAUGAAUGUUAACAACUUUGGUAAUAGACUUCAUUGAUAAUAUUUUACCUUGAGCAUACCCUGUAAGCUUGCACAUAAUUAUUAAACAAAAAAUAAAAAAAUCUCA